AUGGCGUCAACGGAGGAAAACUUCCCCCGCGGAGGAGCAGCCAAAAACUCAGCAGAAAGGAACAUUGUGGUGCCAAGAUCAGAAGUAGACAAUCUCUUUCAGACAAAUGAACACACAGAAACUAAAAAGAGGAAAGGGGCUGGCAAAGACGAUGGCAAAAAGGUUAAAAAGUCCAAAACCGACGCCUUGAUGCUCAACGUUGCAGGCAACACUGUGGAAAUCCUACAUGCCAAGAAUGUGAAAGAAGGAAUGCUUUUCCUUGGGUGUGUGAAAGAAGUGGCAGACUUUGAAGUAACAAUACUCACUGAGCACCUCAACUCAGAUGAAGCUGACACUGAGGAGGUUUUCUCGUUGCCCCGUCUCUUCGUCCCUGGCAUGGUUAUCAGAUGUGUUGUAGCCAAAGUGGACGUGGGGAAAAGUGGAUCACAGAGCAUUCAGCUUUCGGUGAAUCCCAAAUUGGUUAACAAGGCUCUCUCCUCAAGUUCUGUCAAAGCUGGAAUGGUGUUAAGUGGGUGUGUGGAGAGUGUAGAGGACCAUGGGUAUAUUAUUGACAUCGGCGUUUCUGGAAGUAAAGCUUUUCUUCCCAAAAACUCCGUAAAGGACAAACACAACAGUCCUGAAGUGUUAAAUGUGGGCCAAUAUGUGAUGUCACUCGUGGAUAAAGUCAAAAACGAAGGCCGCAUCAUACAGCUUUCAGUCAGUCCGAAAACCAUUGCGCAGACAUUUGCCGAAGAGGACCAAGGCUGGAACCUCACAAACUUACUUCCUGGUCUUCUGGUCAAAGCAACCAUUAAAAAGGUCACCAAACAUGGACUAAUUAUUAAGUUCCUAUCAAAUUUUAGUGGGCAAGUAGACUUUCUCCACCUGGACCCAGAGAAGUCAUCAAGCUACAAGGAAGGGAAUGAGGUGCGUGCCUGUGUUCUGUAUGUGGACCCGACCAGCCGUUUGGUAGGAUUGAGCCUUCGCAGCUACCUGACAGCCCUUGGGACCCGGGUCAACACCGCUCACCCUGGAGGUCUGCAGAUCGGUCAAGUUGUGGAAAACUGUAAAAUGACAGCUCUGCAUCACAGCUCCGGGGGCACAUUAGAGCUGCCAGACCGAGAACAGGCUUUCGUUCAUAAAAACCACUUGAAAGAAGUAGGUGCUGAGUCCAAUGAGAACAGAACUCUGGCUAAGCUUGAACACACCUGCAGGAUCCUGGACUUUUGCCUCAUAGACCAGAUUUAUUUUGCCUCUUUACGCCAGAGUGUAAUUAAAAGGCCAUUCUUUAGAUAUCAUGACAUUAAUCCUGGUCAAAUUGUAGAGGGAAAAGUGUCAGUGCUGUUCAAUAGGGGAAUGAUUGUCCACAUUUCGGACCACAUUAAAGGCCUGGUGCCCCGGACUCAUCUGUCAGAUAUUCUGUUGAAGAAUCCAGAGAAGAAGUAUACAGAGGGCAUCAAGGUUAAAUGCCGGGUGUUAUCUGUUGAUCCUGAAAACCGGAAGCUGUCUCUGACUCGGAAAAAGGCUUUAAUUGAAAGUUCUUUGCCUCUGUUCCUGAGCUUUGCCGAUGCCCGCCCUGGACGUGUGUCUCAUGGCUAUAUUGUCUGCAUAAAAGAUUUUGGUUGCAUUGUUCGUUUCUACAACAAUGUUAAAGGACUCGUUCCACUAAACCACCUCAGCACCGAAGCCAUCAUCAGCCCCGAGGAGUUCUUCUAUGUCGGACAGGUGUUGAAGACAAAGGUUCUCCAGUGCGACCCUGAGAAGGAGAGACUGUUGCUCUCAUUUAAAGAAGCCGUGGAGGGCAAUGUUGAAGUGCCUGACUUCGAUUGUGAUGUUGGAAAGAAAGUGGAGGCGCGGGUGCUGAAAAAGUUGGUCAGCGGACUUGAAGUUGCUAUCUUGCCCGAUGACAUCCCUGCUGUUCUUCCCAUAAUGCACCUCACGGAUCACUUGUCCAAUGGCCCUUUGCUGUGGGAGAGUCUUCAAGAAGGAGACACCAUCUCCAAUCUUGUUUGUUGCAGUAAGAACAAACAGAAUAUAACUCUAACCAAGAAACCAACUAUAAAAUGGGCUCUGGAAGAAGGAAUUUUGGCCAAAGACUUUUCAGAAAUAACCGUGGGAAUGCAGCUGUAUGGUUGGGUCAAAAAUAUUAUGCCCUAUGGCGUCUUUGUUGAGUUUCCCUAUGGCCUUGUUGGUCUCACUCCCAAAUCCGCCAUGAAUGAUCGAUUCAUUGCGGAUACGACCACAGCCUUUGAGCUCGGUCAGACGGUCAUCGCUAAGGUGACAAACAUAGACGAGGAAAAGCGUCGGUUUCUGGUCACUUUGAAGCAAUCGGAGGUUAUUUUGCCCGUGGGAGACCAACAGACCAGACUGACCAAUGGUCUGCAGGAGAGACGGGCUGUGGCUGAAAUGUUGUCUAUAAGAGAAAACAACGAUCUCCGACAACAGCUGUCGAAUCUGGGCAUUGGUCAAAAGAUGAAGUUGACUGUGGAUUCUGUGGAGGAGGCUCAUGCUACUUUUAAGUCAGAUGAGAUCAACGGUGCCACAAUAACGGCCACCAAACAACAUUUUAUUGGUCAAAAACUAUCGGCUGGACAAAAAGUAACUGCGAUUGUGCUGUUUGUGGACAUCUUAGCUGCCAAAGUCAAUGUUUCCAUCUUACCAAAGCUGUUGUCAAAAAAGAAAUCUUUAAACGAAGGUUCAAAAUACACAGCAACAGUUCAGCUUGUGGAGAAGGACUUUGCCGUCGUCUCAUUGGGGGACACUGCUCAACUGACGCUCAUAGAAAGCCGCAGUCAUCUUAACGAAGUGGCAGUUCAUGAGUCGGACCGCUUAAAGGCUGGAGUCACUUUUGAGGCGGAGGUGAUCGACCCCAACUGUGCGGCGCUGCAAGGGCUCCCCCUGGUGUCCUGGGAGCGUAACAUUCAUAAGCGUCAGCGCACGGCCUCCGAGACGCACCCCACUAAAGGGAAUUGUUUUGGAGAUGUAGUUUGUGGCACAGUGCGUUCAGUGAAGCCCACCUGUAUCCAGGUCACACUGGAGAGUGGGGUUGUGGGCAGUGUGCACGUGUCUGAAGUGUUAGAGCUGGACCAGCUGGUACGAGGCAUUUUCCCUACGUCCUCCAUAAAAGUGGGCAGUAAAGUCACUGCCAGAGUUAUUGGAGGAAGAGAGGUCACAAGUCACAGGUUUUUGCCCUUUUCCCAUCCAAAAUUUAAAUACCAUUGUCCUGAGCUCACAUUGUUGCCAAGCAAAAUAGAAGCAAGUGAUUUCACACCCGUCACAGGCACUGAAAAACUUGACAGUUAUACUGUUGGAGGGGAGAUCACAUGCUUUGUAUCAAAGUAUAAUCCAUUAAAGAAAUCACUGGAAGUUACCACAGAUCCGAAUGUCACAGGAACAGUUGAACUUCUUGCUAUGAUCACUGACCCAAAGGAUGCUGGUCACCCAGAGAAACUUUUUAAACUCGGACAAGCUAUUCGAGCAAAGGUUGUGGAUGUGAGCUCAAAACCACAGCGCCUUGUGCUGUCUCUCAUUGAAGCGUAUAAACUGGAGAAGGACAGUGUUUGUGUGGGAGUUGUGACAAGAGUGCAGCCGUACGGUCUUCAGGUCAGACUGCCCUUCGGAGGCUCAGGAACGGUGGCUGUCACUGAUCUCUCUGACGCCUACAAACCACACUCUGUUGACGCCUACAGCAAGGACCAGCUCAUCAAAUGUUACCUGCUGGGAUGCGAAAAUGACAAAUGGAAUUUGUCUUUACGUCAGUCAAGAAUGAAUCCAGGGCAAGGAAAACAAGUGAAAGACCGGGAGGUGUUGUCCUUGGACAGUUUGAAACCAGGACAGAUCAUUAGGGGCUUCGUCAAGACCGUCAUUGAGCAAGGAGUUUUCCUCAGAUUGUCUCGAAGAAUUACCGGAAGAGCCCAGAUUCAAAAGUCUACGCAGUACUAUAUUUCCAGCUACAAGAUACUUGCGGAUACUCUGCCUCCAAACUCUCUUCUCACCACCAAAAUUCUCAGUAUUGACCAAGAGGCGGAGUUAGUCGACCUCUCUCUGCUCCCAGCGGACACGGAGAAGCCAGAUGUCCUUCCCCAAUCUAUGGGUCUGCCACUGCGGCUCGUGGGAGCGGCAAAGAAGGCACAUGAUUUAAAGAGAAAACGCGACGUGUCAAAAAGUCAGCAGGGUGUAGAGGCUCCAGCGACAAAAAAGAAAAAGUCCAAAAAGUCAAAGGUGGAAGACUGUGACAGCGGCGUGGAAGUGUUCUUCAGGGAGGAAGAAAAUGAAGAAGAGACCAAAGUUGCUCCUGUCCAUCAGGAUCAAUCGUCUGCGGGACCGGCCAGGUUACAAGUGUCAGGGGGGUUUUCUUGGGACGUUACGCUGAGCUCCCUGAAGCCAGUCACUGAAGAGCGCGACGGCGACUCCAGCGAUGAAGACCAAGACACUAGCAGCAAACCCCAGAAGAAGACACGACUGGAGGAGAAGGAAGCUGAGAAGGCGCUGCUGAAACGGGAGAUUGAGCUCAUGAACCCGACCCUGAGGCCCGAAGAUGACGCUGCGUUUGAGCGCCUGUUGUUAGGUUCGCCCGACAGCUCUCUGCUCUGGCUGCAGUACAUGGCCCACCACCUCCAGGCCACACAGAUCGAACAGGCACGCGCUGUGGCUGAGAGGGCGCUCAAAACUAUCUCCUUCAGAGAGGAGCAGGAGAAGUUGAACGUGUGGGUGGCUCUUCUUAACCUGGAGAACAUGUACGGCACUGAGGAGAGCUUGAAGAAAGUGUUUGAGCGAGCCCUGCAGUUCUGUGAGCCCAUGCCUGUUUACCAGCAACUCGCCGAUGUCUACGCCAAGACGGACAAGACCAAGGAGGCUGAAUCUCUCUAUAAAACUAUGGUGAAAAAGUUUCGUCAGAAUAAAGCGGUGUGGGUGAGUUAUGGGACCUUCCUGCUUCAACAAGGACAGAGCGACGCUGCAAACGCUCUCCUCCAGAGGGCGCUGAAGAGUCUGCCGGCCAAAGAGAGUGUGGAUGUGAUUGCUAAGUUCGGGCAGCUGGAGUUUCGUUACGGUGAUGCAGAGAAAGGUUGUGCCAUGUUUGACAAAGUGCUGACGAGUUACCCAAAACGCACAGACUUAUGGUCCGUGUUCAUCGACCUGAUGGUGAAACACGGGUCCCAGAAGGAAGUCCGGGCACUCUUCGACCGUGUGAUCCACUUGAGCGUUUCUGUGAAGAAAAUCAAGUUCUUUUUCAAACGUUAUCUGGAAUAUGAGAAGAAACAUGGCACUCCUCAGAGCAUCCAGGAAGUCAAAGAAAAAGCCAUGGAGUUUGUGGAAUCCAAAGGCACAGAAGCAGCCAGCUGA